GCCGUCGUAGCUCAGCCCUGCGGAACCAAACGUGUCACCAACUUUUUAGAGCUCCAACUGAAUCAACUCUCUGGCCUCCGUCGCCGCACACACCGCCUCACAAGCACAACUCCGCUCCACCCCGCCGCGCCAGACCACACCAUGAAUAUCUUCCGGAUCUCCGCAGAUCUCUUCCACCUAGCGAGUAUCUUCAUCUUGCUGUAUAAGAUGAAAACAUCGCGGACGUGCGCAGGAAUCUCGCUCAAAUCGCAAUGUCUUUACCUCGUCGUCUAUGUUACACGCUACCUCGACAUCUUCACGACCUUCAACCGGUCCUACUACAACGACCUGAUGAAGAUAUUCUUCGUCGCGUCUUCCGCCUACACAAUCUACCUGAUGACGACCACGUUCAAGCCCACGCACGACCCGGCCAUCGACACCUUCCGCGUCGAGUUCCUCUUUCUCGGCGCCGGCCUGCUCGCCCUCGCCUUUCCGUACCAAUACAGUUUCUCCGAGAUCCUGUGGAGCUUCAGCAUCUGGCUCGAGAGCGUUGCCAUCCUUCCGCAGCUGUUCAUGGUCCAGCGAACGGGCGAGGCCGAAACCAUCACGACGCACUAUCUCUUCGCCCUGGGCGCCUACAGAGCGCUGUACAUCCCGAACUGGAUCUGGCGGUAUGUGGUUGAGGGACAUGUGGACCACAUCGCGCUGCUGGCGGGCAUCGUGCAGACGGUGCUGUACUCCGACUUUUUCUACAUAUACUAUACGAAGGUUAUGAAGGGGAAGAAGUUUGAGCUGCCGGUUUAGAGGAUGGGGCAGCUGCCGGUUGGGUG